AUGUCCAAGGCCAUUGUCAAAACUACCUUCGAGGCGUCGCGCACGCUGCGCCCUAUCUAUACCGGUGGCAGCACGUCGCUGGACGCCAGCGGUCGCAUCUUGCUAACUUGUGUGGGCGAAGAUGCUUUGAUCGUGGAUCUGGAGACUGGCGACCAGCUCGCCAGUUUGGAAGGCGAUGGCGAAAUUAUUACGAGCUUGGCCAUUUCGCCCUCUGCGUCGCACGCCAUCGUCUGCUCUCGGUCAAUGUCUAUGCGCAUAUACUCGCUCUCGCCUUUCGAUGAGACUUCCAAGACCAUCGGGGCUAACCUCGUCCGUACUCUAAAGCCACACACAGCGCCGGUCAUCUCCACCACAGUCGAUCCAACCAGUACUCUCUUGGCUACUGGUGCUGCGGACGGCAGCAUCAAGGUCUGGGAUAUCCGCGGUGGUUAUGUCACACAUAACUUCAAUGAUCGCGGAAUUAUCUCUGCUCUUUGCUUUUUCGAGGUCUCCACCUCGGAAGAUGCCAAACCCGUCACCAAAAAGAAGUCGAAGAAGCAGGCAUCUGGGGAUGAUGACGAGGAUAUGGAGGGUGCUGCUACUGCUACGGAGUCUACGGCAGGAUUCCGAUUGGCGAGUGGUUCCGAGGAGGGUAAGGUGCGCGUGUGGGAUUUGCACAAGAGGAAGUCUAUUGCAGCACUCGAGUCGCAUGUCUCUCUAGUGCGCAGCCUCUCUUUCUCUCCGACAGAGAACGCCUUGCUUUCCGCGUCCCGUGACAAGACUGUCAUUAUCUGGGAUGCACGCACAUGGAAGACCCGCCGAAUCAUUCCCGUUCUCGAAAGCGUGGAAGCUGCCUCUUUCAUCGCCGACAGUGGGCUGUGCGUCAUCGGUGGAGAGAACGGCAAACUGCGAGUGUGGGACUGCAAUCGAGGAAGUGAGGUUACCGCCGAGCAGGAUGCUGGAGAGGAGUUCGAGACCAUCGUUGCGAUUCAGUACUCUCCGGGCCUGCCUUUCAUUAUGACUGUUCAUGCGGAUCAGACAAUCCGUCUCCACUCCAUUGAAGUGCUGUCCGAUUAUAAGCCAGGAUCGACCAUUGAGCCAUUGGAGAUCACUCGACGAAUCUCUGGAAAUGAUGAUGAGUAUAUUGAUCUGGCUUUCGCCGGUCCUGACCGCUCCAUGCUUGCCCUCGCCACAAACACAGAGAGCAUUCGCUUGGUGUCCGUGGCUCCCUCAGAGGACCGUCCAUCUGCUCAGGGUGAAGAGUUCUUCGGCGCUGACAUUCAGCAUUUGGAAGGUCACGAGGAUAUUAUCAUCUGUCUUGAUGUAGACUGGUCCGGUCACUGGUUGGCAACCGGAGCGAAGGAUAAUACCGCCCGCCUCUGGCGCCUCGACCCUAAAAAUUCCUCCUUCCAGGCUUUCGCAGUCUUCACUGGUCACGCCGAGUCACUGGGUGCGAUUUCUCUGCCACGGGCACCGCCCCCUGCCGGAACUCCUGCCUAUAACGACCCAGUCAACCACCCACCAGCAUUCCUUAUGACUGGCUCCCAGGACCGAACCAUCAAGCGCUGGGAAACUGGAAAGCUUGGUCAGCUUAAGAGUGACAAGCCUCACUCUCCUAAGGCCGUCUACACUCGUAAAGCGCACGAGAAGGACAUCAACGCCUUGGACAUCGACUCCGCAUCCGCUCUGUUUGCGUCCGCUUCACAGGAUCGUACCGUCAAAAUCUGGGACGUGGAAGAGGGAGCUGCGGUGGGUAUUCUGCGUGGACACAAGCGAGGUGUCUGGUCGGUGCGGUUUGCCCCCAAGAACACACCCAUUGUCAAUACCGAAGAAGGAACUAGCACAAGCAGAGGUCUGAUUGCUACGGCAUCUGGUGAUAAGACCGUCAAGCUCUGGAGCUUGUCCGAUUAUACCUGUCUUCUGACAUUUGAAGGCCACACAAACAGUGUGCUUAAGGUGAUCUGGCUUCCCCCUCCCCAAAUCUCCAAGAACGAUGAGGACGAGGAUGAAGAAUCAGCUAGCAAGAAUGCCAUUCACACGAGGCCUCUUCUGGCUUCGGCUGCCGCUGAUGGUCUGGUCAAGAUCUGGAAUCCCUACAGCGGCGAGGCCGAGACAACCCUGGACAACCACACAGAUCGAGUAUGGGCCCUCGCUAGCCCAACACCCUCUGGUUCCAGAAACGAUGUCAAGCCUCGCUCUUCCAAGGUCAACAGUACACCCUUUGCCCUUGUCAGUGGAUCCGCCGAUUCAACAGUUACUUUCUGGACCGAUACAACCUCCGCCACAUACUCCGCUGCUGUGAACGCCGAAUCUGAGCGUAUUGAGCAAGACCAACAACUUCAAAACCACAUCCGCGCCGGCAACUACCGUGAAGCCAUCACCAUUGCCCUCCAACUCAACCACCCUGGGCGUCUGUUGUCCCUUUUCACCGCUGCCAUCGACGCUGCUGAGGACCCGACCCGAUCCGCCGAAGAACGCGCGACUGCAGCCAACAGCUUGACCGGUAACCCUGCCAUUGACGAGGUCCUGCAAACCCUCGGCACCUCCAACCUGCGCACGCUGCUGCUGCGCGUCCGUGACUGGAACACGAACGCUCGUACAGCUCGCGUCUCUCAACGCAUCCUCUACGCUCUUUUCCGUUCAUACCCUGCCUCGACUUUCGUCGAGCUGGCCACGUCGUCCGUGCGGGGCAAGGAUGGCCGCGCCGGAGGUGGCUUGAAGGACAUCAUGCAGGCCUUGGCCGCGUAUACCGAGAGGCACUACAAGCGUAUUGAGGAGCUGGCUGAUGACAGCUACCUGGUCGAGUGGGUGCUCAAUGAGAUGGACGGCGGUGUCGGUCUUGGUGGUCUGAUGAACCUGGAUAUUAAGUCCGAUGAUGCUGAUGCAGACUUGGAGGAGCAUGAAAAGGACGUGAUUAUGUUGGAGGCAUAA